AUGGAAACAAAGAAGAAGAGGAAGGCUGGGGGGAAAACUGUAAAAGCAUUACCUCAUAAGUAUCGGCCAAGAGUGAAUAACACUUGUUAUGGUGGAAUUGGACAAAUGAAGAAUAAACAGGUUGAGGUUGGUGAUCCCUCCAAUUGUCCAAAACCUCCAAAUGUGGUUCAUUCCUCCACUUGUCCAAAGUCAGUUGAUCCCUCUGAUCCAAAAAAUAAAAAUAAAAAUGUUGAUCCCUCCUCACAUCUUCCAAAUUUGAUUUUGGCAAACCAAGAGGAGUGGCAAAAAGAAAUGAAGGAGUGGAAAAAAGAAAUGAAGGAGUGUCAACAAGAUAUGGAGUCUCUCAAGAAAAUCCGUAAAGACACGAAAGAGCCUCUGAAACAACUCAAUGACGACAUGAAGGAGUCUCUCAAGUAG